AUGUCGGAACGUCCAUUCAACCUUACCAUUAACACCUGGCAGCAGCUACGAGUCGGUAGCUUACAGAUGAAAGAAAAAGAUGGCUGUCCCGGAUUCCAGUCCAACAUCACACACAACACUCCAGGACGUUGGUUUAAGUUUGCCAAUGGAUUUAUGACGGCUAUCAUCGGCGAUGUAGAUAAGUCAACUAGAGGGGAUGUUAUUAAUGCUAUUGGUGAUCCGGACUCAACUUACUACUAUGUGGGAAGGUAUCUUUGGUCAGAUGUGAGUGUAGCAGGAUAUAAAAAGUCAAGAAGGAAACCUCACAGAGUACGCAUUGGCUUUAUCGUGUUGACUUCUGUUGCUAUAGUCUCAUGCUAUUUUAUGGUCAUCUUCUGGAAGGGCUUAACUGGUAUUCAGUCAAGAGAUCCCAAGGAAGAAAUUCGUGAAGACAGCAAUUACUUGGACCAUUUCGAAGAUACAGUUGAAUGCGGAAUAGAUAUGGCACAGACCGCACUACUCAACGAGUUCCACAAGCAGAAAAGUGAAGAAAAUUCCAAAGUUUCUACGGAAUCACAAAUCUCUGAUCUUCUUCGAUCUUCGCGAGCGAAACUGACGAAACUAGCAAAUCUCACCGCAAACUGCAAUCAAAGUGAAGUUGUUGAAGUGCACAAUUAUAGCCAGUAUCUUGAGAAGAAUGAAGCUCAACUUCAAAAACUGAAUGAAGAAGAAAGUAAGAAGCAUAAGGUAACUGAUGAAGACAUCAUAUCAACAGUGAAGACAUAUCGCGACCACGUAAGCUCUGUAAGAUUGCAUCAAUUCCAUAAGGUUGACACUUAUCACUCGAGGAUAAUAUUUUCUUAA